AUGACCUCUAUAAACCAUACCAAUAUCUUGUGCCUUGUCACCCUUCGCUUCCCUUCUUCCACCUCUUGCCACUGCCCUGACCAUGUGCCGCCUAGGGAGCUUGACAAGAAAUUUGACAAAAUUUUAAACCUUAAAAUUACCUCAAAUAACAACCCUGCUAACAUCCUUACUAACCUCUGCACUGGCCUCGAAAAGUUUCUCGGCUUCGACAAAGACUCCAAAGGUUACGACGGCUCUGGGAUAGUGUACUCUGACCUGGAUAGGUUGUGUGACGGGGUGAUGGGAUUUUUGAGUGGUGUGCUUGGUGCGGUGAAAAACGAAAAUGAAGUGACAACUUAUGAUACUAAUAAAGAAUUAAAUGAUAUAUUAAGCAAUUUACAAAAUUCGAUAGGUAAGGGCUCUAGUGUAUUUUCCUCUCAGAUUACGCAGGUGUCCCAGUGGCUUGACAGGUAUGAGAUGUAUCUUGGCAGGAAAACUGGAGCAGUAACAAGCGAAUUAAGUGAGUUAAAAGACAAUAAAAUUGGCGAUGAAUUCAUGAAACGUGUUGCAGGUAAAGGUCACGAAAAACUUCAGAAGCAAUUAGAGGACUGGACCACGGUGGUCGGAGAGAUUGAGACUCAGUUGAAUACUAUAGAAAAAGAUAAAGUCAAUGUGCUCAAUAAGUCGUUGCGAGAACAAAUUAAACGUGAAAUGAAAGAUGUUAGAAACGCAUUGUGGCUGUUGAAGGAGAGCGCUGGCAAGGAGGAUUUCAAGAGGCAGGUGAAGGUAGUGGAUGGCGACUUGGAGACACAGAAGACGAAUGUUGGCAGUGCCAUAAAUGUAAGUUGUGAUGCGUUACAGGAUACCUUACAUACUGUGUUUAGCAAGGUCGUGGUUGAAAUUGAGAAUCUAAGGGCAAAGAAGGAUGAGCAUUUCGCGUCAUUAAAAUAUUAUCUUGACACGACGUAUCACGAAGUGCAGCAGUUGUUUGGCAAAUUUGACGAAGAAUAUAAGAUUAAAAUAAGUGGAAACUUAUAUGACAUUAAAACGGAGAUUGAGAAAUAUGUCAAGUAUGAUUCUAGCGCUUUCCUGCAGACACAGUUCACUAUCGUUAAAGACAAUGUCGCAUCGUUUGCAACUAAAGUAAAGAGUAAUCUGAAAUCAUUGAGAGAUGAUAUCAAAAAUGCGAUAAAGGUUCAUGUUAAGAAUGUGCAGGAGCCGUUCGAUAGAAUAAAAAAGGAGAUAGGUAAUGAUAACAAUGGUGCCAAAACAGGUAUGUUUGAAUUUAUGAGUGAACUUAAACGUGAGAUUAUAGAUCUUGUCGAUGGUUUGACAAAUGCAGAUGCAAAUCCAGUCGCGGGUAGCGCUCUGGGUAAACCCACACGGAAACCUAUUGGAACGAUGCAGCAAAUAGCGGAUAACAUUAAAAAGUGGGCCGAGACGUUUAGUGGAACUGAAGAGUUUGGAAAAAGGGUUAAGGGAUGGAUUGAAAACAUUUUGAAGGAGGAUGAAUAUGUUAAGCUCAAAAUUAAGCACUAUGUUCAGACGGUUAAGGGAGAAAGUGGAUAUAACGAUUAUUUUGAUACUACAUUUAUAAAAACAGACAGUGGUGAAAUUGAGGGUGCGAAGAUCACAAAUAUUGCGGACGUAAUUAAAAGUCAGCUUGGUACCGACAUUGACAACGCCGGCAAAUUAGUGAAACGUAUGAUCGAUCCAGAAGAUGAUGAACGCAAAGGCAAAAUUCAACAUCAUAUGACAGCCGUCGAGGAAGGUAUACGUAUUUUUGUAAGCGGACUUGAGGCAAUAUAUAAGAAGCAAGUAGGCGGUGUGACAACUAGUACGGCGAUGUAUACACUGUCAGACACCAUUGCUGGAGAGAUUACGAAGAAAGUCAAAUCAAAAUUAAAUAAUAAACCGCCCAUUCACGAACACGUUCUUCAAGCUGCUGUACAAGCGAUACUACACCGACUGGUCGGAAGAGCUAGUCAGGCCGCCUCCGAUCUUGAUUGGCUUAUUGGAGAUCGUGAGAAUCAGAUUAAAAUAGGGAACGUUGAGGAAGCUAUUAGGAAAAUUAAUGACAUUAGUGAUAAACUUACUACCACCCCAGGCAAUGAGAUUACAAAGGCGCUGUCUUUUGUGAAGCAGGAAAUUGAUAAGCUCGACGCUGCUCUCAAUAAUGGCAUGACCGUCAACCUUCAGAUGAUUAUCAAUGAUGCCGUUGGACUAAGUGGGUGGGAUGACACCAUUGACUUUUCUAAGCAUAUGAACGAUUUUAAGCAGGUUGACAAAAUGCUGGAAUCUGCUGUAACUCAGAUGAAUGCAACACUUGAAGCGCUUAAACAACUCCCUGGCCAAAUAGACAUUAAUAGGGAAAACGUGGCAGGCAUAAUGAAUAAAUUAUGCGGCGAAAUCCAGGCUAUCCUACUAAAAGUGCAACACGAUGACGUCACCGUUCAGAAAAUUGAAACGAAAUUCAAAUACGCAAUUAAUGCACUCCACGCGACCGUCAUCACAUCUCGUGAUACAUUGACGCAGGCCAUCACCAACCUUCAAAAGAAUCUACUCGACGCCGUCGACAAAGCUUUCAAAUCACUCACCAUCGAGAUACAGGGCAUGUUUGCAACCCAGAAGAUGGCCGAUCUCUCCGCCCUGCAAACCUUACUCACCAGACAACUUAGAGAGAUCACCCAUAUCAUUGAUACCGACCAAGUCACUGGUGUCAAAGGCGUCUUAGUCAAAACGAAAAAUGAUUUUGCCGCUCCUCUUAACACUUUCCUAACCUCCCCAACUCCAGAACAGAUGAAGCUGGCCGACUUGGCAAAAGUGCUUAACCAGUGUUUCACUACUACUUUGACAAACCUCCAGAAGCAAACCGAUUUCAGCUUCGACCAUCAAACUUUAGAGACGUUCAAGUCCUCUCUCACUAAGUUACUCACCGGCAUCGUCACCUCACAGCACUUCGACCACAAUUUAACCACCAACCUAAAUUCGCUCAUAACAACGCUCUCCCAGACGGUCCCGCACAAAUUUGGUGAACGUUCCACACCGCUGCUUCAGACUCUCAAGGACGGUAUCGACGCAUUGGCCGCUCAGCUCAACCACGCCUACGUUAACAGCUACUCCGGCCUGACCGUCGAGUGGUCUAAGACAAUUAACGGCAAACCGCAGUUGACCGACAACGCCGAACGGUGCGCUAAGCUCUUCCUCACUUGCCUGUCCACUCUGUUUGAAUACCUUAAGACCCUCAUUAAUCAUUGUGGUAGUACGUGUAUAGACAAGCAGAUCAAGUCAACAUCGGAACUUGGUAAAUGGUUCUUACAGUGCGGCUUCCAUGUUUCCACAUCUGACGCAAAUCGGGACGGUGAGUUGAGGAACACUUCGGAAUUGCAGGGCCGCCACCUCAUACGCCUGCUUAUUAAAGAUGAUAAAGUGUUCAACAAAUAUUAUGUCGGAAAUCUAAACGACAUCUACAAUAGUCUGCAGACGUAUCUCCGUGUCUGCCACCUCACUCCCCGCCCUAAGCCUAGGUCACCGUGCAGCGUGUACGACAUGCUCUGCUGGCUGACUGGCCUCACUUACAGAUCGUACUACCGAGACGUGUCGCUUAACAGCUUUAAUGAUUUGCUCGACAAACCUGAAAAAUCAGACAACGCUUUUGAGCUAGACGGUAUCGCUCUCGAAAUCCAAACUGCCAAAUCCUUGGUGGCGUAUCCCCAAACCAUCACCGCCGCGAAUUUAACAGACGCCAUCACAGAAGUAUGCUACUACGCGGAAGAUGUAUUGAUCACCGUACUCGGCCACGGAGAUGCUGACUGCACGUACGCCGUUGAGCAUUCCAACAACUCACUCAACUUGUAUUAUCCGCCUCGCAGUGAGGACUGCCUUCAGAUGAUCAUCGAUGUGCUUCGAAGUAUGCUGCAGCCGCUCACAUUUUUGAAAAAGCAAUGCGAGCUUGAAACUAAGUAUUACGGUUGGGAGCAGUGUACGUAUGGCAGCGGGGUUCAGCCUUCGUGCUGGCAGUGCGGUGAGCACUCGUCCAUUUAUCCGUCGUCCAGUCACGAUUGUUUUGGCACGUCACCCCUGCAGCUGUACCUGACUGACAGUCUAGCUGGCAUGUUGCCUCACAGUCUGAGUGCCAUCGGUUGCAAGUCGUCAUGUUCCACCUGCACCAAAUCGUCGCCUGGAAUGCCAUGUUUGACUCCCCUCGGAUUCAGCCGUUUCUCGAGAGGUACGCGCACAGGCAAAGACCUAAGCAACGUGCUGACCAAAUUCCUAAGUAACGACCAUGUUGCGUGCCUGCUCACGCUGGUCCCCAAACCGCCAUCCACAUUGCCCGAACACUACGGUUUUGCCAUGUCGCUUGUUCGUAGCAGCGUUGUACUAUCGACUGAUAGGCAAGCUACAAAUAAAUCUGUCGCUGAUGCGUUUAAAAAGUGUAUCUCCGAACAGACUAUCGAUCUCUAUAAGAAUCCUACUGAUUUGACAAACGCGCUUGGUAACGCAUAUGGCUUCAGCCAGACCAGUCAUGAAGCAAAGAGCCAUCUCCCUCCAUAUGCUGACUUGUCCAGCAUUUCGAUGACUAACGCGUGCCCCGAUCAAGAUGUUCACUGUGCUCCAUUCGUCGAGUGCUUAUCUGCCAACUGCUAUAAAUUCAUGGCCAAGCAACACGCGAACCUGUAUCUUUCGUGGUCAAUAUAUCUGCCAUGGAAUCUAUGGAAAUGUCUCUGCUCUCUACUGGACGCCUUUGGAAGCAUUAACUGCAAAAGCUUCGGGUGUCCUGGGUGCUCAUGUAAACCAUCGUCUCACGGCGCCAAACACAACUGCGGAUGCAGAGCUCUCGUAUGUUGCCGUGCCGUGCUGCCCACAUUCUACAGUUACGGGUUCACAUUUAAGGACCCUAAAACGUUGCUGGAUGGUAAGAACAGAAAGCGAUGCAGCGAAUUCUACAGUCAACUCGAAAAAGUAGUUAAAUCGGAGUAUUUCACCAAACUGUUCGAUCAGUGCGAUAUGUUCUUAUGGAAAAUCCGUGAACCCUUCUCCUACCUUGUCCUCGCCCUUUGGCUCCUCUCUGUCCUGUACAUCCUCCACAUCAUGGUCAUCCGCCUCGACCUGCUCCACAUCAAAUCGCAUCUACAUAGUCCCUCGAGUCAUCGCAUAGCUGCGCAAUCACUACUCGCUGCUGCGAGGAUUGGCAGGUUAAGCAAGAUAUCGUACCUGCAACCAUAA